AUGCCAAGAACAAAGCCAAGCUUCGAGCCCCACGUGCAGCUACAGCCAAUCAGCUUCGGGUCCGGAUACUUCCGUGCGGCCUUUCCGGCAGCAGCCAGUGGUCAGUUUUGCUCUGCUCUGCUCGCUCCGGGUCCGAGGACGCAAACAUCCAAGGUUGAGAUCAGCCGAAGCGAUCCUCUGCUUGCCGUUUUCCUUGCACUUCGCCCGCGCAACGUCACCUGGCACGUAGCCCCGCAAAUUGGGAUCUUAAACAGUCACAAUGGCCUCCUCCGCGGUUUACAAGCAAGUCCCCUCUCGACGACCCCGUCCUCGUGCCUUUACUCGGCCGAUCCUGUUACUGUCGACUACGUGCGAUUGCUAACCUGCUCCCUCAGCACACUCUUCCGGAGGAACUGGACCAUGCUCGGCGUCGUCUUCGCCAGCGCCUUCGCCUUCGAGCUGGGCUUCAACACCGUGAUGGACCGGAUCUGGGACAACCACAACAAGGGCCGCCAGUGGAAGGACAUCCGGCACAAGUACGUCCAGGGCGGCGAGGACGAGGAGUAA